UCAUUUCUGUUGAACAAAUAUUAAUUAUAUUUGACGUUCGUUGUACUUAAAUUUUGUAUUAAUAUUAGUCCUAUAAACAGUUUAAUAUGUGAAAUUAUAUGAAUCAUGUCACAAAGUCAAUUUAAGUUUGAACGUAAAUCGGGUGGUGUAUCAAGAAAAUUAAAACAAGCAGGAAACGUAUCUAAAAUUCGAGAAUUUGAAUUGGAAAAGAUAGAUUUGGUCGAGACGUUUGAUAUUGUUCAAAUUGUCGGCGAAGGAUGGUUCGGGAAAAUAUUACUGGUCGAACACCGGGGCACGGAUAACGAGAUGGUGCUCAAAUCGCUGCCCAAAAAUUACACGAACGUCAAGGAUUUCUAUCGAGAAUUCCAUUUCAGUUAUCACCUGAGCGCACACCGUAACAUUGUGUCCACGUUCGACGUGGCCUUCCAGACGGCAAGUUUUUACGUGUUCGCCCAAGAGUACGCGCCGUUGGGUGACCUGACAUCCAACAUAUCCGACACCGGAAUCGGAGAGUUGCACAGUAAAAGCGUCGCGAAACAGUUGGUUUCUGCGAUCCAGUAUAUCCACAGUUAUGACCUAGUCCACAGAGACAUCAAACUAGACAACAUUUUAGUUUUUAAGAGCGAUUUCUCGAGAAUAAAACUAUGUGACUUUGGUGAGACGAGAAAAAACGGCAACUGGGUAACCCGUCGAAACGAAUGGAUCCCUUACAUGCCUCCCGAGAUCCUAGCCAUAGACGCCGAACACAAAUACAAAGUAGAAACUUCACACGAUGUUUGGCAGUUUGCAGUAGUGCUGUUCGUGUGUUUGACCGGGUGCUUGCCGUGGCAGAAAGCCAGUUCCGAAGACCCGAGGUUCGUUAGUUAUGUUUAUUGGGUGUCCAGCAACGGUAUAAUGAGCCCAUUCAGGAGGCCUAAACUGUUCAAGAUGCUGACGUCCAAUGCGCAAAGAAUGUUUCGAAAGUUCCUACAACCCAAUGUACAGACCAGGCCUAGUGUCUUGGACGAAGUGCAAAAUUUUAUUGACGAACGGUGGCUAUCAAAAUACAUGUUAGACAAAAGUAAAGUUUCAGACGAUAUAGAUGAGCUGAGUCCAUCUCUAUACAGCUAUCAAACAGACCAGGAAGAGAAUAAGAAAUUUCUGUUGGCAUUUUCCAACUGUGGAAUCGAAACCGCUGUUGUCGAUAGAGCUGCAAAGAAGGAACGUAUCAAACAGUGGAUCCAAUCUAGUGUCAUUGAAGAAGAAGACGAAGAGGGUUCUAGCGAAGGAACUAGUAAAUUGAGUUUAUCGCGUAAGGGUAGCAACGAUACCGAAGAAAACGAAUUAUACGCAUUGACCAAACGCGAAGGUUAGACUUUUAUUGCUGGGGUUCCUAUACAAAGGUUAAAAUAUAUAUGAGACUGUAUAAAUUGUUGGUAUAACAUAUUAAUAUAAUUAAUAUAUGUGUAUAUUACGUGCAUCAUAUACCUUUAUCAUUAAUGUAAUUGAAUUUUAAUAAUAGUGUACCUAUAAUUAUAUUUAUUGUAAUUUUUUUUAAUUAUAACAUUGCUGCGCAUACUAUACUAUGUUAUGUACUUUAUUUUAUAUACAUUUGAGGAUAAACCAUGAUCAAUGAUCGUCUAGCUAUAUUUUAUUUUAAUGGUAACUGGUAAGUGCUAAGACAAAUAUUUACUUAACAGAUUUUAUUUCAGCCUGAAAAAUAUAUUUAUCAAUAACAAAAAUAAUUUAAUUAUAAUAUUUUGAAAUGUAUGUUUAAAAAUAAAUUUUUUAUUUUUAUAAUUGUAUGCCUAGGUAUAUUAAACAUAUAUUAUUAUACAGUCUACACACUGUAUAUGAACAAACAUUUCCUCAAAUUCAAAACAAUAAUUAUAUUUAUAUAAUAUUAUAAAUUAUAAUAAUAAUUUUUUUAACCUGUCGGCUGUCGUACAAUAUAAUAUAUAAGUGGCACCUACGACCUACCUAAUUAUUAUUUUCAAAUUAUAAUGUU